AAUUUGAUCAACAUGGCAUUACAUACAAAAAAUUUGUUGGUGGCCAGCGAGGAAGGUCGAGUGCAUUUAGUUAAACCUAUUAAUGCCAUGCCCUCCACGGAAUCCAUUUACAAUGAGAAUGCGCCCAGGCGCUCAGUGCUGCAAUCCAUUUGCCUUUUGGUUGCCUUCAAUAUAGUUCUGUUUUCAGUAUUGAUCCUUUUCUUCAGUUACAUGGGCGUCAUGGAUGAGUUGCAGCGAACGGAGAUUCAAAAGUAUUUUUACGCUUGUGGUGGAGUGCUGAGCCUGAUUGUACUUUGGAAUAUAGGCGACUUGUCGGAGGGAAAUCCGCACUUCUAUUACAUCUAAUUGACCCAACAUCUUUCCUAGAUCUCACUUAGAAUGAGAAAUACAAAGGACAAUUGUAGUAUGAGAAAAGAAAUAUAAAGAAAAUGGAUAAAGAAGGACAUAGACGAAAAGGAUGAACAACAAAACAUACAAGUAGUAUUCACAACAACUACCAAAUGCGAAUAAUGGAGAAGGCAGUUACACUUAAUAUGUUUCAUUCUGAACGAAUUUUUAAACCUGCUCGUAUUCAGAUCAAUAAGAAUAUAUGUAGAGAUAUCAUAAAACGCUAAAUGGCUACGCAUAAAAUAAUCUACAGUAGCAACGCCUAACUGAUUUAUAGAAUUAACUAUACAUAUACGAAAACUAUACAAUAUAUAAAUUAAAAGCUAAAUGGAGCGACGAGCUAAUAAUAUAAUAUUUCAAUGAACUUAGUCGUUCCAAGCAAAGCUUUCAAACGAGGAAUAUUUGCUAAGAAUAUUUAUAUUCCCGUCUCUACACAUUAAACAGAGGAGUAUUAAAUAUUUCAUUUAAAGUUAAAUUAAAAUUAUGGACAUUGAUGAGAACCCACCAAAAAAAUUGGGCAAACACUUGAUAUUUCACGAACAAAAAGAACGGAAAUGAAAAAUAGAUUCGAUUUGAAUUUAUUUAUCAAAUGAACGCAAUCUUCUCUGCAGGAUAAUAUUCACAUACGGAUAUUAAUAUCAUAGCUUACGAUCCACAAAUUAAUAUGCUACUUAUAUUUCAAAAAUCCAACCAAACUAGAUGUCUUUUGAGGGUUAAGAUUGAUGGCAUUGGUAAUUCGUUUAGUUACAAAAUUAUUUAAAAUUUAAUUUAACUUGAUUAAAUGCAAAAAAAUUACAUUAAACAUAUAUGUAAAUAUAAAA